CCGGUGCCGCCGCCGCCGCUCUGCGCCCCCGGGCCGCCCGCCCUGUCCGCGGCCGCCAUGGGCUCCCUGCUCAGCCGGCGCAUCGCGGGCGUGGAGGACAUCGACAUCCAGGCCAACUCGGCCUACCGCUACCCGCCCAAGUCCGGAAACUACUUUGCAAGUCACUUCUUUAUGGGAGGUGAGAAGUUUGACACCCCUCACCCUGAGGGUUACCUUUUUGGUGAGAACAUGGACUUAAACUUCCUUGGAAAUAGACCAGUUCAGUUUCCCUACAUCACUCCAGCUCCACACGAGCCAGUGAAGACACUGAGGAGUUUGGUGAACAUCCGCAAGGAUUCUCUCCGACUUGUCAGGUACAAAGAUGAUGUUGACAGCCCCACUGAGGAGAAUGGGAAGCAGAAGGUGCUGUACAGCCUGGAGUUCACCUUUGAUGCAGAUGCCCGUGUUGCCAUCACAAUCUACUGCCAGGCCACAGAGGAGUUUGUUGGUGGCAUGGCCGUAUACAGCACAAAGAAUCCCUCUCUGCAGUCUGAGACAGUUCACUACAAGAGAGGGGUAAGCCAGCAAUUCUCCCUGCCUUCCUUCAAGAUUGAUUUCUCAGAGUGGAAGGAUGAUGAGCUGAACUUUGACUUGGACCGUGGCGUGUUCCCUGUGGUCAUCAGAGCAGUGGUGGAUGAAGGGGAUGUGGUGGUUGAGGUCACUGGUCAUGCCCAUGUUCUUCUGGCUGCAUUUGAAAAGCACGUUGAUGGCAGUUUUUCAGUGAAACCACUAAAACAGAAGCAGAUUGUUGACCGGGUGAGCUACCUGCUGCAGGAGAUCUACGGCAUCGAGAACAAGAACAACCAGGAGACCAAGCCCUCAGACGACGAGAACAGCGACAACAGCAACGAGUGCGUGGUGUGCCUGUCGGACCUGCGGGACACCCUGAUCCUGCCCUGCCGCCACCUCUGCCUCUGCAACUCCUGCGCCGACACGCUGCGCUACCAGGCCAACAACUGCCCCAUCUGCAGGCUGCCUUUCCGUGCCCUGCUGCAGAUCCGGGCGGUGAGGAAGAAGCCGGGGGCUCUGUCACCAGUGUCCUUCAGCCCUGUCCUGGCACAGAGUGUGGACCAUGAUGAGCACUCUCACCCCUUUAAACCCCUUAAGGUGAGCUCUGUCUCCCUGCCCAGCAGGAAGCCUAGGAGGGAAGUGAGAACAAGCUCUGACAACAUCCCCGCAGGCUACGAGCCCAUCUCGCUGCUGGAGGCGCUCAACGGGCUGCGCUCAGUGUCGCCCUCGCUGCCCUCGGCGCCGCUCUACGACGAGAUCUCCUACUCGGGGGUGGUGGAUGGCGUGGCCCCGGCCAGCCGCCCCCUCGCGGCCAUGGACAGAGCCCUGGAGGCUGCCCACCAAAAGGGCAAGCGCAGCAAGUCCCCAGACAGCACACUACGGUCUCCCUCAUCCCCGAUCCACGAGGAGGAUGAGGAGAAGCUCUCCGAGGACUCUGACUCGCAGGCGGUGCUGAGCGGGGGCGAGCUGGUCCUGAGGGAAACCAGCUCCCCAGAGAGCGUGGCAGGGGAGGAGAUGGAGGAGGCCUCAUCGGUGCAGCAGGGGAGCCGCCCGCCCUCGGUGGAGGACGUGCUGCAGGACGGCGGCUGCGAGAGCCGGAGCCUGACGCGCUCCGAGAGCGACGCCCCGGUCGAUGUGUUCCUGCCAGGCUCGUCCGACUUCACCAAGACGCUCCCCGUCCGCGGCACCGGCAGCCCCACGCAGCCCCUUCUCUUCGAGCAGACCCGUCUGCACCUGGAGGACGAGCAGAGCCUUUCGUGAGCGGGCCGGGCCCUGCCCCGGGUGCCGCCGGGCCCGCCGGGCGCUCCGGGACCGGCGCGGGGUGUCCGUGGCACGGACGCGCGUUCGGCACAGCCUGUGCAUGUUGGCUGGCGGUGGGUAGGGGCUGCUGUCGUGUUUGUCCGUGGGAGGUGUCCGUGGGGCCGGGGCGGGGAUUGGGGUCCGAGUGGCGGAUGAAGGACACUACGAUGUAUAUUUUGUACUUACCGAGCACAGCCCUUUGCUGUCACUGCCCUGUACAUAGCUGUGGCCCUCCCCGCCUUGCCGGGCCGCAGGGCUCCGCGGCACCGGGGGAGUGCGGGGUCAGCCCCGGCCCGGCCCGAGGCAGUCGCGGGGGGUCAGGGGUCAGUCCCGCCCCGGCCCGUUCGGGGUGACCCCCGCGCCCCCCGUUCCCGCAGAGCCCGGCGCUGCCCACGCCGUGUGCCUUGUUCUGCUUCUGCGGGGGGUCCCGGGGCGCGUCCCACCCCCCUCCCCGUCUAUGUUUGUAGUAAUAAACCCGUGGAGCAGC